AUGGAAUCCAAACGAAGCAAUUAUCAAACUCUGCACAAGCCGCAAUCAUCAAAGAUACAAGUCUUGAAAACGGCUAGCGAAGUGAGCCUUACACCAAGUCAGGCUGCAGAACAAGCCAAGAUAAAUGAGCGAAAAAAUCCACUAGAUGCACUAAGUCGUUUAUCACUAAGGCAUCAGGGUUUAGAAAAACGUUCGGGUCUACAAGACGUUGAUGAUGAAUACUUAAAAAAGAAUGUCUUCUCUCGUUCAAUUUUAAAUAAGCAUUCGGGACUGAACGACUCUUAUGAACAGCAUGGUCGUGCAAUUUCGUUGGUAAAUUUGGCGCAGGGCAAUGCUUCCCACAUACAGAUGCAAAAACAUCACGCAAAACAGCAGUCAACGCCGCAUUUAACCCAGGUUCAGCCAACUUCUCAGUCGACCCAACCAUAUCAGGCGCCAACGGAAUUUGUAUCGCAUCAACAAGUACCUAUCCAUCAGCCACAAUCGUCAUCUGCCGUUCAGUGUAAAAAUCAGUCGUACGAAGAAUCACAUUUAACACAGCCGUUGUCUCCACCUAAAUCCCAUCAGCAUUCCCAGCAGCAGUCCAUGCCAGCGUCUAUAGCACCUGUUGUCGAACCCGAAUUGUGCACUACCUGUCCGAACUGUCAAACGACGAUUUAUCUGGUUCGUGGGCAUGAGACAAGCGGGGAACUAGCACAAGGACAUAACUCAAUCCAUCGUGAUACCACAGGCAGCACAUCUGCUAAUUAGCACGCUUUUCCAAGAAUAUUUAAAAUAUUUUCGUACAUAUGUAUAUGGCAUACUAAAUUUUUUGUAUUGUAAAUUACUCGAUGUUUAAUACUGUACUGAAAUUAAAUAAUAACAAGCAUUAUAUU